AGCCUUGAAGAAUGCCACCUUUGAUCAGCAAUCCACCCAACAAGUCCUGAUCCAAUCAGAUGACAGUUCAGUAUUGUCCAAGUUUCAAGGUGUCCCAGCUUACAAAACUGUAUUAACCAUCAAAGAUACCAUAGGCAGUGCACCGAAGCAACCUUUGGAUGAAAUCAAGAAGUAUGCAACUACAGUUGUUUUACCGAGGCCAUCCCUUAUCACCAUCAACAAUGGCUUUGCUCAAGCACAGACAACUGUUCUCAAGCAAAUGCAAGCUGCAAAUAUCUCAGUAUUCGUUUCGGUUCUGAGGAAUGAAUAUGUUUCCCUUGCAUACGAUUACUUUUCAGAUCCUAUAGUAGAGCUUGCAACCUACAUUGCAGGGCUUGGAGUUAAUGGGGUCAUAACAGAAUUCCCUGGAACUGCCAGCAAAUAUUUGAGAAGCCCAUGCAGUGACUUAAAUGCUGAGAUUGCCAUCUUGCCAGCUGAACCUGGGGGACUCCUCAGCCAGGUUCCUCCCGAGGCAAUGUCACCAGCAGUAGCACCAUCUCCACCACUGGAUAUGGCAGACGUUAUCGACCCACCACUGCCAGCAGUGGCCAAGGUGGACUCACCUGCUACACCGGGUACACCAGGACGUAAAUCAAGCAGCACAACAAUAGCAGCCAACAUUGGUCUUUCUCUAGUAGCAAUCAUGGUGAUUAGUCUUCUAUUUGCCUGAUGAUGCUGACAUUGGCUGCCAGAGUAAUAAUCUUGUAAAAACUGAUACCUUUUAACUUCAUAUUUCAUGCCUGUAAAGAAAAUUGAGACCCGUUU